AUGGACACUCUAGACGCUGACAAAGAAUUUUCUAAGAUAGGAUCUUGGAUUUCAAUUCGCUCUUUAAAAGAUGCUACAAAUAUACAAGCAGUUUACCGCCAACACAGCCGAAGUUCAAGCGCAGAUUCCACAUCUCCAACUCCUUCAGCAGACACAAGUAUUACGAUGGAAUGGAAGCCAAAUACAGUUAUAGUCCUUAAAAUAUUUUAGAUCAUUAUUGACCAUCAGCUUUUUUUUUUCAAAAUUAAUUUGUCCUUGUCGGUUUUUUUGAAAAGUAAAAAAAAAAUUGACUAAUCUCCAUUUAUGGCUUUAAGACGCCUAAUCAGACUUAGAUUGUAUAAGGCAGGUGCUCUGGAUAUAUUUUUUCUGGCCAGCAUUAUGCUAGGGUAUAGCGGUCUAUUAUGGUGCAUAAAUUAUAUAAACCAAUCAGCUUGCUUUACUUUUAUUCAUGGGAAUUAUAAUCCAGACUUUGCGAGCCCUUAUAAGCCAACUAUCACUGAAAUCAGUGAAAGUCCAUCAGGGAAGCAAGACUUGGAAUCCAUAAAAUAUUUUCUUCAAAAUAGAGAAGCCAAGCUUAGAAAAUUACAAAAAAGAUAUAAAAUUGAUACAGCAAAACUUAAAGAAGAGCUUAAUGCUGCUAAUGAAAAUAUUGCAAAAAUAACUAAAGAGGCAAAUUUUUAUAAAGAACAAAAUUUAAAAAUGAAAGAAGAGCACGCUCUACAAAUACAGUUACUGCAGGCUCGGCAUGAGCAGAGAAUGCAAAGGUCUAAACAAGAAUUAAAUAUUUUAUUAGGCGAAUUUAAUGAAAAAACUGCAGAACUGGUGACUGAAAAAUUAAACAUGGCCCAUCAGCAAGAAAUCGACAAAAUCCACGGAUUUUACCAUGAGCAAAUUGAACAAAUUCGAGAAGAGUAUGAAAAUGAGUUAUUAAUAAAAGAUGAAGAAAAUGACGAGCUUAGAGACCAGCUUGACAGAAACAGCAUGCUUCAUGAAUAUGCUACAAAUAAUGAUACAAAUAAAAUAAAUAACGAAAAAAACCAUAUCAUUAUUAGAGCCCUAGAAGACCAAGUUGAAGAGCAGCGGUCCAUCAUCGAAUCUCAACAAAGAGUCAUAGAGCACCUCACCAAAGAGCUUAAAUCUAGGUACAAUCGGACCCCAAGCCGAGGAAAAUCAUUUGAUAUUCACGGCAGAAAAAACUCAGAAAAAAGUUUACAAACCAUUCUUGACCAAUUAUCGUAAAUUUUAUAUAGAAGCUUUAUAGACACAGCUGACCCAAAUUCUCCAAGAGAUUUUGAAAACACACUCAGAAGUCUUCAAAGUAAAAUUGAUGAAAAAAAUGGUUCAUGUAAAUUAAGUUUUUAA